CGAUGUGGCGGCGCCGGGACCCCGAGGCGGCGGGCGACGACCCCGACGGCGGUGGCGCCGCCCUGGCGGUGAACCCUUACGACGGGCUGCCGGUGUCCAGCCGCUACGCCCGGCUGCUGUCGCAGCGCCGGGCCCUGCCGGUGUGGGCCGCCCGGGCCCGCCUGCUCGACCAACUGGCCCGCAGCCCCACCGGCGUCGUCCUGGUGGUCGGGCCCCCCGGCACCGGCAAGAGCACCCAGAUCCCGCACUGGUGCGUGGAGUUUGCCCUGGGCGGGGGCCCGGAGGCCCGGCGCCGGCCGGUGGUGGUGUCGCAGCCGGAGCCCCUGGCGGCCCUCAGCCUGGCCCUGCGAGCCGCCGACGAGAUGGAGCUCAGCCUGGGCCACGAGGUCGGCUACAGCGUCCCGCUGGAGGACUGCGCCCGCCCGGACGCCCUGCUCCGGUUCUGCUGGGACUGGCUGCUGCUGCGGGAGGUGGCGUCGGCCCCCGGUCCGGGGUCGUGGGGCGUCCUGGUCCUGGACGAGGUCCAGCAGCGGUCGGUGGCGUCGGACGCCCUGCAGGGCCUGCUGCGGGACGUCGUCCUGGGCCCGGGGCUCGGGCCCGCCCGGCUGGUCGUCGUGACCGAGCCGGCCCUCGAACCCAAGCUGCGCGCCUUCUGGGGGGACCCCCCGACCGUGCGCGUGCCCGAGGGGCCCGGGGAGACCCCCGCCCCCGUCUACAGGGACCCCGCCCCUCGGGACCGGGUCAGGGCCGCCUGCGAGGCCGUGUGGGCGCUGCACCGGGCCGGCGGACCCGGCGACGUGCUCGUCUACCUGGCCGGCGAGGAGGAGAUCUCCCGGUGCUGCGAGAUCCUGCGCGGAGAAGCCGAGACGGCGGGCGAGGCGGGCCCCCUCCUGGUGCUGCCCCUGCACCCCGGGCUGGGCCCGGCCGCGCAGGCCGUGUACGAGGAGGCGACGGAGGGGACGGCGCGGAGGGUCGUGGUCACUCACUGGGUGGCCGACUGGUCCUUCUCCUUCCACUCCACCGGCCGCCACGUCGUCGACGCCGGACUGGAGCUACGGAGUGUUUAUAACCCCCAGAUCCGAGCCGAAUCUCAGGUCCUGAGGCCCAUCAGCAAGAGCCAAGCAGAAGCCCGGAGGUUGCGGGCCAGGGGCUCGCCCCCAGGCUCCUGCCUCCGCCUCUACCCGGAGUCGUUCCUGGAGGAGGAGGCGCCCCUCCUCCCCCCGCCCCGGGUGUGUGAGGAGAAUUUAAGUCGCCUGGUGCUGCUGCUGAAGCGCAAACACGUCGCCCGACCCGGGGAGUGCCACUUCCUCGACCGACCCGCCCCCGAGGCCUUCAUGCAGGCCCUGGAAGACCUGGACUACCUGGCCGCCCUGGACGACGACGGCGACCUGUCGGACCUGGGGAUCAUCCUGUCGGAGCUGCCCCUGCCCCCCGAGCUGGCCAAGGCCCUGCUGGCCGCCUGCGAGUUCGACUGCGUGGACGAGAUGCUCACGUUGGCCGCCAUGCUGACCGCGGCCCCCGGAUUCGAGGUCCCCCCGCGCUGCGCCGAGGAGGCCGCCCGCCGCCGGGCCCUGGAGCAUCCGGACGGCGACCACAGCACCUUGAUCCAGGUGUACGACGCCUUCGUCCAGGGUGGCGAGGACGAGUCCUGGUGCCAGGCGAGGGGCCUGAGCUGGGAGGCCUUGUGCCGGGCCCGGGCCCUGCGCGAAGAGCUGCUGGCGCUGAUGCACCGCAUCGAGCUGCCCGUCUCCCCCCCGGCCUUCGGCUCCGACCGCAACCGGGAAGCCCUUCAGAAGGCGCUGGUGUCCGGCUACUUCCUCAAGGUGGCCCGGGACACGGACGGAGCCGGCAACUACGUGCUCCUGACGCACAAGCACGUGGCCCAGCUGUCCCCCUCCUGCUGCUACCGGAACCGGCGUCCGCCCGCCCGGCCCCCGCCCUGGGUCAUCUACCACACCUUCUCCGUGUCCCGGGACAACUGCCUGUCCGUCGUCUCGGCCGUCCAGCCGCGCAUGUUGGUGGAGCUGGCCCCGCCGUACUUCCUCAGCAACCUGCCUCCCGGCGAGAGCCGGGACCUCCUGGACCAGCUGCGGGAGACCCCGCCGGACCCCCCGGCCCAGCCCCCCGCCCCUCCUCGCGCCCCCGGGCCGGGCCACGCAGAGGCCUGUGCCCUGCAGUGACCGGUCCGUCCGGAGAGGAGAGGGCGGCGGGUCGGGGGUCGCUACGCCGGGGUCCGGCCCCCCGACCGCUGAACCCGAAGGGAACGGGGGUUGCGGGACCCAGAAGAGCCCCUCCGUCUCCCCCGCCCCCGGCUUUCGGGGCGGGGAGGCCCCCCGGUCCCAUCCGCCCCAGACGGCGGCAAUCUGAUGGAAUAAAAUCUUUUUGAUAACGCCA